CUAUUCUACACCACACAAACUGGAAGUGUGUGCCUGCUGUAGUAGGAGACCAGAACGUCACAAAAAUGCUUUCUGUUUCACUUUACUUGGCUUUAUUUUGCAUGACAGUAGCAUAUGUUCACUGGCAUACCUACUGCCUACAGAGGAUGGAUCGCUUCAGUUCUCGCGUGCAGUAACGCUUUCACAUGGGCAUUUCGCGGGGCCUUGUCACAAACUGCCACCACAGGGGUGGCAGAUGCCCUUCCUUACGAGCAGGAGGCAAGGCUUCAGUUUUUGGACCAUCACUUGGAGUUUCUUCUUCUAACUGCUUCAUCUCUUUCUCCCAGCUUUCCUGCUGCAGCUUCUUCCAUUGCUCUCUCUUGGCAAAGUAGUCAGGAUACACUGCCUUCUCGGAAGGAUGCCAAUAAUCCAAGCACCAUUCAGGAAUCUUGUAGCACUCAUAUCUCUCGUAGGAGGUGCCCCCGGGCGAAUCGGGGAAGACGUAGGGCUGCGGGUGCUGGUGUGCCCAAAACUCCUCCUGACCGGCCUUCAGCAGCUCUGUAGCUUUCACCAUAUCCUUCACAUCCUUGUUCUUAUCGAACCGCUCUCUCAGGAGGCAGGCAAAGUAUCGGUACUUGUCUCGGUGGAUGCACCAGGACUCCAGGUGCCUCAGGGACUUCUUGUAGAGCCGCAGCACCUUCUGCUGGUGCGUGAGGUACGCCGCCAUUUCGCGCUGCCCUACCCCUCACCUUCAUGCGCGGCGCCUCACGGGAACGUGGCGGCCGGCCCCGGGCGCAGGCGCCGAGCUCCGCCCGCCGCCAUGAACCGAGCCAAGCUCAUCGAUAUCGGUAUUAACCUUACAGACCCUAUGUUCAGAGGAAUCUACAGAGGAACACAAAAGCAUCAAGAUGACCUUUUGGAUGUGGUAGAGAGAGCAGUCAAAGUUGGCGUUAAGAAGUUUUUGAUCACAGGUGGGAGUCUACAAGAUAGUAAAGAUGCAUUGCAGCUGGCACAGACCAAUGAUAUGUUUUACAGUACAGCUGGCUGCCAUCCCACACGCUGCGGAGAAUUCGAGCAGAGUAGCCCUGACCAGUAUUUAUCUGAAUUAAAAAAUCUGAUUGAAAAAAAUAAGACAAAGGUAAUAGCAGUCGGAGAAUGUGGCCUAGAUUUUGAUAGGUUAGAAUUUUGCCCGAAGGACACCCAGCUCAAAUAUUUUGAAAAACAAUUUGACCUGUCAGAACAGACAGGACUGCCCAUGUUUCUUCACUGUAGAAACUCACACGCUGAAUUUUUAGACAUAAUGAGAAGAAACAGAGAGAGAUUUGUUGGAGGGGUGGUUCAUUCUUUUGAUGGCACAAAGGAAGAAGCAGCAGCUAUAAUAGAUUUGGAUCUUUACAUUGGAAUAAAUGGCUGUUCUUUGAAAACAGAAGCCAACUUGGAAACCCUGAAAUCAAUUCCUAGUGAACGAUUAAUGAUAGAGACUGAUGCACCUUGGUGUGGAGUGAAAAAUACCCAUGCUGGAUCAAAAUACGUAAAAACUACAUUUCCUACCAAAAAGAAAUGGGAAAUAGGGCACUGCUUGAAAGACAGAAACGAACCCUGCCAUAUAAUUCAAAUUCUGGAAAUAAUGGCAGCGGUAAGAGAAGAAGACCCGCUCGAGUUGGCCAAUACGCUAUAUAACAACACUAUUAAAGUCUUCUUUCCAAAUAUAUAAAGUUCUUCUUACACUCACUCAGCAUAACUUAAGACUGAUCAUAUCUGCAAGUUCUUAUCAAUGGAAGCCAGUAUGUAGUGCUUUUUUUGUACAAGAUUAAAGCUGAUUUUG